AUGGGCCAGAUUCUGCAAAAAUUCAAAGGUAAGCAGUGGAGAGAGAUACAAAUACAAAAAAUAACAGACAAGGUCUUUGACCGUGUCAGAAUUGAUUCAGGAAGAGAAAAUCUCAAGUUUGAAGACCUUUAUAUUGUUGUGCUACUUGUUUUCAAUGAUAUCAAUAAACGUUUACCGGGUCCUCAUUUUGAUCCUCCUACAAAACAUCAAGUUAGAGCCCUGAUGCAGGAGUGUGAUAUCAAUACUGACGGAGAACUAGACCGUCAAGAGUUGGUGAAGUUCAUUAGGAAAUUAACUAAGGAUACUUUUAUUAUGGUUAGUCAGGGACUACUUAUUACGUUGGCAGUAGCACCAAGUAUCGCUGUGCUAACGAAGAGGUCAACAGAGGGAGUCCCACAUGUUGGAAAGGUGGUUCAAAAGAUGCCCAAUUCUGUUUAUGCUUCCCUUGUUACUCUUGCAGUUGUGCUGUUUCAGCAAGUUGUUGAGUCAAAAGAAUAAAAGAGGCAUAUUGUACCUUAAGAAACAGACUUCUAUACAUGCCAGUAGGCUUUGAAGUUUGAGUGCACCAUCUUUUUAGUAGAUUGUUGGACAUCUUCAAUAAUUCUCUAUAUAUUGACUUUGUGAUAUAUAUAAUAUAUAAAAUCCAAUUCUUUUUUU